ACUCACAGUUUGAUACAGAGCUCCUUUCAUUCAUUUGCGGAACAAAACAGGGGAGGCCGUUCCAAACAAUCAAUUUUCUGAUAAGGCAAACAGCAAUCAAAUUAUCCUGAUUUCCGGAAUACCAUGUCUUGAAAUAGCAUAUCACGUUGCAAAAUCCUUUCAGAGUGGGCGUAAAAAUUGUAAAAAGCCAUGGGAAAGUACGUGGGGUUGUUCAUUUUUGCACUUUCUGUGUUAUUUUUUGGCUGCCAUGGCUCCAUUCGCACUCAACACUAUGCCCUGAAAGCCCAUCUCAAGGCUAGAGAAUCCAUUUCACAGAGCCAAGUGGAAUUGGAAUGGAAGACUCCAACCAUUGAUGCCCAUCUUUUUGAUUCUGGAGUGGAAAGCUUGAACUACAGAAGAAACCAGGCAAAAGAUUUGAUUCAUGCUCUUCCUGGGCAGCCCAAAGAUGUGGGAUUUAAACAGUAUUCUGGGUAUGUGAAUGUGGAUGCCAAGACAGGAAGGGGUCUUUUUUUCUACUUAGCUGAGGCUGUAGAUGAGCCUUCUUCUAAGCCUUUGAUUCUCUGGCUUAAUGGAGGGCCUGGAUGUUCUUCUCUUGGAUAUGGAGCAUUCCAGGAAUUGGGUCCUUUCCGCAUCAAUUCUGAUAGGAAGACACUUAGUACUAACCCUUAUGCGUGGAACCAAGUUGCAAAUGUGGUGUUCUUGGAUUCACCCAUUGGUGUUGGAUUUUCAUACUCCAAUACAACCUCUGAUUAUGAUAUUGGUGGUGAUCAGAUGACAGCACAGUACAAUUAUAUCUUUCUCUUAAACUGGUUUGAAAGAUAUAACCAAUACAAACAUCGUGAUUUCUACAUAGCAGGUGAAAGCUAUGCUGGAAAUUAUAUUCCACAAUUGGUAGACCUAAUUUUAGAGUACAAUAGCUCACGUACAUCUUUCAUAAAUCUGAAAGGAGUCCUGAUUGGAAAUGGGAUCAUGAAUUCUAACACAGAUAACAAAGGGUCUAUAGACUAUCUGUGGUCUCAUGCAUUGAUCUCUGAUAGAGUAUACCAUGGAGUUCUUAAAUAUUGUGAUUUUUCAAGCAUAUAUGCCACAACUUCAAAUCUAUGCACUAAUUAUUCCAUUCAAGCUUCUCAGGAGUAUGGAAAUAUAGAUCCCUAUAAUAUUUAUGCUCCAUUGUGUACUCUCAGCGAAUCCAAUUCCAAGGCUGUGAACACUUCCACGGGAAAUGGAUUGAAUGGACUGUAUGAUCCUUGUGGUGAAGUCUAUACGGAGUCCUACUUCAAUCUCCUUGAAGUUCAGCAAGCAAUGCACGUGAACCGUGAUUUUUUACCUUCGAAGAAAUACAGCUUAUGCGGGUCGAUUGCCUAUUUCGAUUCAGCUCGCACAGUGCUUCCAAUAUAUCGAAAAAUCUUAUCAAAAGGAUUGCGUAUGCUGGUUUACAGUGGUGAUGUAGAUUCAAUAGUACCUGUGACAGGGACAAGAUUAUCUCUAAAUGUACUAAAGCUUAAGAGUAAAGAAGGUUGGCGUCCAUGGAUGAAUGGGGAUUAUGAUGUAGGUGGCUACUCUACAGUUUACAAUGCUGGAUUAACAUUUGCAACUGUGAGAGGAGCUGGGCAUGAAGUACCAAGCUACCAACCUGCUCGAUCUUUAACCAUGGUUAAAUAUUUUGUAACAAACAAAGAGUUACCGUUACCAAAGCCCACACAACAGCCUACUUCCCAAUCGUAUUUCCUAACAGAAGUUGGAGGUCUGAAUCAUGGAAGCCUAAGGUGGUACAUGUCAUUCAAUAAUGGACCAACGAUUGAUAGCAGGGCGGCGGUGGAGGAGUUCUUUCAUGCAGUUGGCCAAAUUUGGGAUUAUGCCCUUGAGAUCGUGGAUGCAGGGAUGACUUACGAGUUUGCAGCACUCUUCGUAGCACGAGCAGUGGCUAGGAUAUCUGAUCCAGCUAAGAUGAUUCCAUCUUUUGAUGAUGAUGAGGAGGUGCGGAUUCUGACACAUGCAGAGGAUGCACAGAUUAGAUCGCUGCAGUUGUUAGUGCAGCAUUUGCAGACACAGAUGCUGGCGCAUCAGCGUCAGAUGACACAGUUGACCAUAGUGAGAUACUGCCUUGGAGCGGUUGGGUCGAGCCGAGGCUCAAGCAGAGGCUUUGGAGAGAGUGGCAACAGGUGUGGGCAACUAGAGAUGGUGCGGUGGAAGGUUCAUAAUGAAUGGCCGGUUGUUGAUAUGGAGGAAGACUGCACUGAGCUUCAUGGCAUUUUGGCUAAUAGACACUAUAGUUCCCUUAAAGAUAGUGAUAGACUUGCUUGGUCCCUGAAUCCUAAGGGUGUUUUUACUGUUGCCAUUGGGUACCAGGAGUUGUUGUUCUGUCGCUUGGAGGGGAAGGAGGAGACGUCUCCUGUCUCAACUUGUGUCAGGAGAGCUAGACAUGCUAAGCAGAAGGUUAAAAGGGUGGGAAGAUGGUUGCCUCCUCAGGAUGACUUCAUUAAGAUUAACACCAAUGGCUCCUCUCGGGGUAAUCCGGGUCCUGUUGGGAUUGGGGGUGUUGGUAGGGAUUGUAUGGGGGAUGUGGUUUUCUUCUUUUUAGUACAUAAAGGUCAACAAUCUACUAAUUUUAUGGAGGGACUAGCAAUUUUCUAUGCCCUGGAGCGUGCAUAUGAGCUGGGGUUGCGUAGGGUUAUCUAUGAAUCAGAUUCGCAGAUUAUUGUUAAUCUGUUGAUUGAGCAGAAGUUUGUUGUUGGUGGGAUCGAUGAGUUUCCCCUACUCGUUGUUGCUUCCGGUGUUGGUACUGUGCAUUCUUUGACUGCUACAUUUUCUGCUGCUGCAGAUGGUCCUCCUACGGUUCUGGGUUUUGAUGUCGGGGGUUUGGGUGCAAAGAUCCAUGUUGGUGAUUUUAUUCCUCCCAAACCUAGUGUUUGUGAUCCAGUUAUGGAUUUGGAUGCCCUUGAGGCUACUGCUGGUGCUAUUGAGGACCUUUCUACAGGUGAAAAUACUCUGCCUAGACCCUUUGCUGAGAAGCGUAACUUUGCUCGUGUGGCUAGAUCUGUUGUCCAACCUUCUAAGGGGGUUCGUCCUCUUCCUUGUGCCAAGACCUCUCCUGUCGUGGUCUGUGGUCAGGAGGUUGUGGAGAAUGUUGAUUUCUAUCAAUGUAGUGCUUUGGUCUGCAGAUUUGUUGGGUUUUGGUCUUCUAUUCCGAACCUUCAUCGCUGGCAGUAUGCUCUGAAAGCCCAUCUCAAGGCUAGAGAUUCAGUUUCACAGAGCCAGGAGAAAUUGGAAUGGAAGACUCCAACCAUUGAUGCCCACUUUUUUGAUUUUGGAGUGGAAAGCUUGAACUACAAAAGAAACCAGGCAAAAGAUUUGAUUCAUGCUCUUCCUGGGCAGCCCAAAGAUGUGGGAUUUAAACAGUAUUCUGGGUAUGUGAAUGUGGAUGCCAAGACAGGAAGGGCACUUUUUUACUACUUAGCUGAGGCUGUUGAUGAGCCUUCUUCUAAGCCUUUGAUUCUCUGGCUUAAUGGAGGGCCUGGGUGUUCUUCUCUAGGAUAUGGAGCAUUUCAAGAAUUGGGUCCUUUCCGUAUCAAUUCGGACAGGAAGACACUUAGUACUAAUCCCUACGCAUGGAACCAAGUUGCAAAUGUGGUGUUCUUGGAUUCACCCAUUGGUGUUGGAUUUUCAUACUCCAAUACAACCUCUGAUUACGAUAUUGGUGGUGAUCAAAUGACAGCACAGUACAAUUAUAUCUUUCUCUUAAACUGGUUUGAAAGAUAUCCCCAAUACAAACAUCGUGAUUUCUACAUAGCAGGUGAAAGCUAUGCUGGAAAUUAUAUUCCACAAUUGGUAGACCUAAUUUUAGAGUACAAUAGCUCACGUACAUCUUUCAUAAAGCUGAAAGGAGUCUUGAUUGGAAAUGGGAUCAUGAAUUCUAACACAGAUAACAAAGGGUCUAUAGACUAUCUGUGGUCUCAUGCAUUGAUCUCUGAUAGAGUAUACCAUGGAGUUCUUAAAUAUUGUGAUUUUUCAAGCAUAUAUGCCACAACUUCAAAUCUAUGCACUAAUUAUUCCAUUCAAGCUUCUCAGGAGUAUGGAAAUAUAGAUCCCUAUAAUAUUUAUGCUCCAUUGUGUACUCUUAGCGAAUCCAAUUCCAAGGCUGUGAACACUUCCACGGCAAAUGGAUUGGAUGGACUGUAUGAUCCAUGUAGUGAACUCUAUACGGAGUCCUACUUAAAUCUCCUUGAAGUUCAGCAUGCAAUGCACGUAAACCGUGAUUUUAUACCUAUGAAGAAAUACAGCUUAUGCGGGUCGAUUGCCUAUUUCGAUUCAGUUCGCACAGUGCUUCCAAUAUAUAAAGAAAUUUUAUCAAAAGGAUUGCGUAUGCUGGUUUACAGUGGUGAUGUAGAUUCAAUAGUACCUGUGACAGGGACAAGAUUAUCUCUAAAUGCACUAAAGCUUAAGAUCAAAGAAGGUUGGCGUCCAUGGAUGAAUGGGGAUAAUGAUGUAGGUGGCUACUCUACAGUUUACAAUGCUGGAUUAACAUUUGCAACUGUGAGAGGAGCUGGGCAUGAAGUACCAAGCUACCAACCUGCUCGAUCUUUAACCAUGGUUAAAUAUUUUAUAGCAAACCAAGAGUUACCGGCACCAAAGCCCACACAUCAGCCUACUACCCAAUCGUAGUUUAUACUCUGCAUUUUUCAUUUAGUCUUAAAGAGUCAAAUAAAUUUGUCAUGCAAGAUUUAUUUGGGCAUUCAUUUAGUCAAUUAGAGUGGUCAACAAAAUCAUGGGCUCUCACAUCAUUUUGUAAUUAAGUUGGAGGUUUGAAUCAUGGAACCUAAGGUGGUACAUGUCAUUCAAUAAUGUACCAUGCCAAAUAUAAAAAAUAAUACAAAUAGAAUUAAUACAAAUAGAAUAAAUGAUUCU